GAAUGAUCAGAGCGACUCAAUUUGUUGAAAACAUUUUUGUAAGAAAGCCUGAAAAAAAUCAGGUCCGUUGGAUAUGGGUUACCUUGAUCAGUUACUCUAUUUGCUCAAAUUUCUGACAUGAAAUUUUGAGUGAAAAAUGGAUCGCGCCUUGACCAAAAUCCAACUCAAUUGAUUUUUUUCAGGGGUUUUUAAAAAAUAUUUAAAUAAAUUGAUUAUUUAUGUGUAACCCCCCGAUCUGGCGUAGAUUUGGUGCAACGGAUCAAAUUUUUUCUCUCAUAGAACCCUCUCUCUCUCUCUCUCUGUGAUUCAGAUGCUGUUAUUAGGAAACCUCAUCGGAGAUCCAAAUGCUUCGAUCUAAUGGUUGGCACUAUGGCUGCGGCAGUAAAACAUGUGUCAGGGGAAGUUUGCAUCAGUCAGUAAGGCCAUAGCUGCAGGACAAAGAAGCUCGUAGCCAAUUUAUUGAAGGAACUUCAUGUAGGAUCAAUUGUCACUCAUGGGGUAAGGAGUGGGCAAAAUGAUUAUACGUUUUGUGUCUUUCUGGAGAUGGAGCCGGCACAAGAAGAUCCAGAGCCAAUGGAACCAGGCCUUUCAAAUGACCCAUGGUGGCCAUCAAGUUUUAUGGCAAGGCUGAGAACAGUUUCUUUGUUCUCUUCAGAGGAAAGUCUAAACAGAGAAUCAAUUAGCAGGAAAAAUGAUGAGGUUUUGGCAUCAUAUACAGCUUCACAGACUCUGUGGGCUACUGGGAAGCUAUCUGAACCAAUUCCCAAUGGUUUCUAUUCUAUUGUUCUGGAAAGUGGACUGAAGGAUUUUUGUGACACUAUUCCGUCUCUAGAUGAGCUUUAUGCUUCGGAACCAGAGGGUUUUAGUGCAGAUGUUAUUCUAGUGGAUGCAGACAAAGAUAAGAAGCUUUCCUUGCUAAAACAGCUGGCUGUGACCCUGGUGAAAGGAUUAAAUUCAAACCCGCCAGCAGUGAUAAAGAAGAUAGCUGGAUUGGUUUUUGACUUUUAUAAACGACCAAAUCUGGAUACCAGCCCAGUGAAAGCUGCACUGGAGGAAGUUUCUCAUCUAGUGGAUAACCGGGGAGUCCAGAUGUUGUGUCAAAUAAGGCAUGGUACAUGCCAUGCUCAGGCAAUCUUAUUUAAAGUUCUUGCAGAUACUGUAGGUCUUGAUAGUAGGCUUGUGGUGGGUUUGCCUAGGGAUGGUGAAAUGGAGAGAAGAGACUCAAACAAGCAUAUGUCUGUGGUAGUAUUGAUGAACUCUGCGGAGCUGCUGGUUGAUCUUGCACGUUUUCCUGGCCAGUUGAUACCCUGCUCAACCAAGGCAAUCUUCCUGUAUCAUUUAUCUGCCGCCGGUGAGAGUGACUCUGCAGACAAUGACUCCUGUGAUUCACCGCUAGAACCAAAUAGUCCUCUGUGUGGCUUUCCAGCUGGAGUGGAUUUUGAAGGAUCUGAGAACAAUGAGAGCCUUCAGUCAUUAUAUCACUCUAAAGUAGAUGCGUCAGAUAAUGUAUCAGGUCCAUCAUCGAGGAAUGUAAUGCUUCGGCAACAAUCAAAGAUUUAUGGAACGCUAAAUUUAUCACACAGUGAACCCAACAUAGGAAAUGCAUUUUGGCGGCGCAAGAAAGUCAUCGCAGAAGAUCGGACAUCCAGUUCAAGUCCAGAGCAUCCAUUACUUAAACAUGGGCGUUCUAUUCUUAGUGGUUAUAGACAGUUUCCCGGGGAGUUCAUGAAUGACAUGACUACAUCAAGGUCAACUGGAACUCGUGGAAGAAGAAGACGUACUAGUAUUACUCCAGAGAUUGGUGAUGAUAUUGUAAGGGUGCUCCUAGGGAACUGCCACGUGGUGCUCCAGGAAUGUGUGGGUGUGGAGGGUGUUGGCCCUCUGAAUAAUUACUUUAACUCAAGGGCUGUACGAGCAAUGAAUGAAACAUUCAAGCAAAAAUGUAUCUCGGGGGAGAGAACUGGAGCACAUAAUUUGUGUUCUACAAGUAAAGAAAGUAAUAUGUCAGAUCCUAAUGUAAGUGUAUCAAAUUUCCAUCCACAUGAUCAUGAUGAAGCAUCUGGUGAAAAGUCUACAGCAUAUUAUUUCCACCGGAAGCAGAUGUGUUUAAAGAACGCCAUCUCGUUGCCUUCAUCCCAUCAUCAAUCUAGGGACAGGGUUUCUAGAAUGUGUGAAGCAACAGUACUUUCCGGAAGUGCUGAUAUGAUCUCGUCAUGGAAUAAAGUCCUUGAAUCAUCAAAUAUCUCUGACAAGCUUUUGUUGCCUUUUCAAGAAUGGAAUAUUGAUUUCUCUGAAUUGACUGUUGGAACCCGUGUUGGCAUAGGAUUCUUCGGAGAAGUUUUUCGUGGCAUCUGGAAUGGGACAGAUGUUGCUAUCAAAGUUUUUCUUGAACAAGAUUUAACUGUUGAGAACAUUGAAGACUUCUGCAAUGAGAUAUCUAUCCUGAGCCGUCUGCGACACCCAAAUGUAAUUUUAUUUCUUGGUGCCUGUACAAAGCCCCCUCAGCUGUCCAUGGUGACCGAGUACAUGGAAAUGGGAUCAUUAUAUCAUUUAAUCCAUGCAAGUGGGCAGAAAAAGAGACUCAACUGGAGAAGGAGACUAAGAAUGCUGUGUAACAUAUGCAGGGGUCUAAUGUGCAUACAUCGGAUGAAAAUAGCCCAUCGCGAUCUGAAGAGCGCAAAUUGUCUUGUGGAUAAGCAUUGGACAGUCAAGAUCUGCGAUUUUGGGCUCUCACGAGUGCUUACCAACACACCUAUGAGGGAUGGUUCUUCUGCAGGAACUCCAGAGUGGAUGGCUCCUGAACUCAUCCGUAAUGAACCCUUUACAGAAAAAUGUGACAUUUUCAGCCUCGGCGUUAUAAUAUGGGAGCUCUGCACUCUUAAUAGACCAUGGGAAGGCGUAACAUCAGUUCAAGUGGUUUAUUCAGUUGCUAAUGAUGGAUUGCGGCUAGAAAUCCCUGAUGGUCCCCUGGGCAGCAUAAUUUCGGACUGUUGGGCUGAACCGGAUAGACGCCCCAGCUGUGAGGAAAUUCUGUCACGUUUGCUCAGCUGUGAGUAUACACUAUGCUGAUUUGCCCGAAGGACGCGGCGGAAGUGCUGAAUACAAUAAGGCUGCAAGUUGCAAAUGUCAUUACUUCUAAGUUUCAAAGCACCCGCCGUCUUCAGUUCCCAGCAAUUCAUCUCUCUCCUUCCCCCACCUCCCCAGUUGUGGGUGAAUACGACGGGACCAUGUUUCCAUGUGCUUUUGUUAUGCUUAUACUUGAGCUUGAAAAAAGGCCGUAAAUAGAAGGAUCACGUUGUGUAUGAUUACAACGGGAGCAUAUUUCCAUGUGAUUUUGUUAUUCUUUUUACCCGAGCUUGAAAAACAGGCCAUAGUUCAUAGAAGGAUCAUCUUGUGUUAUUGAUUAUUUGUUUCUCUUCGGAUGUAUAAUCAUCUGCUUUGUUGUUUUGAUCAAAGCAUGAGAACUGGAUGCCCAGAUACCUUUUUUGAACUAGAUUGCCCAGAUGUUAGUUAUCUUAUAUGCAGUCUUUCGUUAUUUUUUCCCGCA